UUCAUAGAACAGCAGCAGAUGGACGCUGUGCAGAAGAAGCAGCGCCAGCUUUUCCUGCCACACCUCGUGUACUUCCAGUGUGUGUUUCUUUAAAAGCUGCACAACUGGUCUUUUGACCUCUUGCACAGAGAAGAGUAAGGUAUUUAAAGGGUGGUUGGUGCAGCUCCAGGGUCAAAAUGAGCAACACCUUCCUCGCUAACAUGCAGUCAAGGAUACAGACGGCACAGGAAAUGAAGGACGAGGAGAAGUUGUACCGACACAACGGGGUGUUGUACCCAUCCAUAAUGUGUCCUGAGGAGCAUCUGCAGGCUCUGGCCAACAUCCAGGGCAGGGAGGACGACAUCAUGCUGGUGGCUUAUCCCAAAUGUGGUUUUAACUGGAUGGUGGGGGUACUGAGGAAGAUCAUGGCCGAGGCCACAGGGAUGAAGACCGAGUCCAGGAUGCCUCCGCUCAUGGAGUUCUUUGGACCGGACGUCAUAAAGCUGGUGGAACAGGCCCCCUCUCCGAGGUUUCUGGGAACUCAUAUGCAUCCUGACAACAUCCCUCAGAGUUUCUAUCAAAACAAAACCAAGAUGUUGGUGAUCUUCAGAAAUCCUAAAGACACCCUGGUUUCUUAUUAUCAUUUCUGUAACAACAACCCCGUCCUCCCAUCCAUGAAAUCCUGGGAAUCUUUCUUCACCGACUUCCUUUCUGGAGAUGUUCCAUGGGGCUCGUACUUUGACCACGCCCUGGCCUGGGAGAAGAAGAUGGACGACCCCAGCGUCAUGGUGGUCACUUAUGAGGAGCUGAAACAGAAUCUGAGCCAAGGCGUCCGUCAGAUCUCCAAGUUUUUCGGCUUCAGCCUGACGGAAGCUCAGGUUCAGGAGGUCGCAAAUGGAAGCACCUUCAGCGCCAUGAAGGAAAGCUCCACCCACUCCCAUGGCAACAUGGGAAAUGUCAUCUUCAGGAAAGGUGAGGUCGGGGACUGGAAGAACCAUUUCACACCACAGCAGAAUAAAGAGAUGGAUGAAGCCUUCAACAAACACCUGAAGGGAACCAGACUGGGGGCCAAGUUGAACUACCAGGACCACUGUCAGUGAAACGAACCCACAGAGGCACCGACACAAAGGCCAGACGUCAAACAGGAGCUCAGGACGAGUUCACCACAAGGAUUUAUUCAGUCAAGGAGUUUCCUGGAAUGACAGGUUCAGGGCCAAAAGUCCCAUCGAAUACAAAGGGUGAACAGUAGAAGGAAGGAAAGAAAUGAAGAAACAGAAAGGGAAAAAAUAUAAAUUAAAAAAAGGGGGAAAAGUGCUUUAUGGUCAGUCUUCUUCAGUCUAAGAGGUAAACUUUUGUGGGUCUGCAGCGAUAAAAGUUAUUUUCACAUUUUUUUGAAUCAGGUAAGACGUUGAAGCCAGUUUUUUUUUUUUUUAUCUUGACAAACCUGAGCAGCUGUACCUGUCUCACCUGUAUCUGAUUCUGCUUCCAUCAGUCAAUAACGUAAGGAUACUUUAACUCACCCACAGGACUAGUAACAGUAAACCCACAGGAGCACUAAUAGGAAAGUAAAGGAAAUAUAGAUUCACUUUUAAAGCACGUUUUGCAUUAUUAGAGCAAAUUGUUCUCUCUCUCACUCAGUUAGAUUUGACCAAAAAGGCAUAUGUUGAAAGGUUCUUAAAUUUGGUUUAUUGCCUUCAAUGUAAAAAAUUUUUUGUAAUGUUCCUUUGGCGCCUCCUGUUGUUAUCAUCAAGAACAGCACUGUAGUGGGUGGACUCACCUCAGUCAAGAUGAAUAAAAUAAACUACAGCUGGAAGAUUAGGAUACUCAGAUUGAUUGUUUCUACUAUAAAAUGUAUUAAAAAUCUAAAAGAAAAGCCAGUUCUACUUCCAUUUAGGUAAAAUGUGACAAGUUUAGUUUUCAGUAUGUAACACUAUUCAGCCAACGACCAAAAUCCACAAAAAUACAGAGUUUACUAUUGAGUAACAACAAAGGAGCUGCAUGACCUGCAAAACAUUGGAAUUUUUACAUGAAAACUUAUUCAUAGUUGCAAAUCAUUUCUGUAAAUUAACUGAUUAAUAGAAUAAUCAUUGUACUUUUGGUUGGAAUGACAUUAUAAUCUGUCACCAAGACAUAUUGAAGAAUUAAAUCCUAUUGUAAUUGUUACGCCCCGGCCUAGGGGUUUACCAGGACGAACAUAAUAUGCUCUACUUUUGUCCCCUCCCAGCUCCCAAGCACACACGUCAGUCAAAAACUAAAUUCACAAUAUUUAUUUUUUA